CCGACCGGAGAGAAAAACAGCCUAGUCCACAAGUAAAACUAUUAAAUGUUAGAUUUAACAUAUCGAUGACCAUUUUCAACGCAGUUGAUAAGUUUACCAUGAUGUCUGGCGAUCGAGUAAAGAUAAAAGACCUGCUCAGUAGUCGUCUCACCGAAUGCGGCUGGCGAGACGAAGUGCGCCUGCUAUGUCGCAGCAUCCUGCAGGAGAAGGGGGCCAUCAGUAGCUUCACCGUCGAGCAGCUGGUCACGGAGGUGACGCCCAGGGCCCGAUCCCUCGUCCCCGAUGCCGUCAAGAAGGAGCUCCUGAUCAAGAUUCGAACCAUUUUUGACGAAAACGAGGAUGAUGACAUCGACCCCGAGGACGCCUGACAUUUAGUGCUAGCAAUAUCCCGCACGCAAAUCCCAUAGACCCUAUUUUCAAUUUUAGAAUUUUAUUUUGUAAUUUUAUACAAUAUAUAUAUUGAUUAUACAAACACACACGCACAA